GUUAUUGGAACAUUUACUAGAAAUAUUAUUCAAAUACUAUUUAAAAAUCAAUGAUUGACACGGUUCUCAAUACAUUUGCUGAAACGUUGUUUGGCUAUACAACAGAUGAGAGUGUCAGCACUGUUCUAUCCAAUCCACAGUAUUACUCUUCAGAAACUCCUAUUUUUUUAAAAAUUGAUACUUUGAGUUUAAAAAAAACCCUACUAGAGCAGGACACGUGUCCGCUAACUAUAGAAACUGCAUUGUUAUCUCACUGUGAAGAUGUUUUAACGCAGGGGGUUGGUUUUUUCAUCAAGUUGCACUGCCCUCUCUUUCUCAUGUGGCUUAAAGAUUGUUAUUCUCGUUGUUUAGCUGAUUGUAUAAAAGUGUCACCAAAGUUUCGAAAUAUUUUGAGAAAGUUGCAAGAAAAAAAUGGUGUUGACUUAAGUUGUAUUCAGACGCUUGUUUUACGUUUUGCUGUUUUAUCAUUUCAAUGCCCUUUUUUUUUUAUACAGAGCGACGACAAAGAUUAUGACCAAAAUGAACUUGACGAACUGACCGCCGAAUCUGUGAUUCUUUUAUAUGAAACCACCUCGAAUACAAAUCAGUUUUUAUCGGCCUUGUUCGAGUGUUUAGAAAAAGAAUCCCAAGAAGAUUUUGAAAAAGUUAUAUGUAACGUUUUAAGCCAUUUUAAAAAAAAAAUAUCUUCAAAAAAAGAAUUAAAAAGUGUCAAUGAUAACACAUUUAAUUCCUUAUGUAUGUUUAUAAAUACGGAAAAGAAUAUUCCAAGAAUUGUCGGGCAACAGCUUUCGGUGAAGCAGAAAAAUCUACUUACUAAACAAAAAAAAUCUUUUGCUGUAGCGCUUGCUAGCUGUACAUUACUUGGAAAUAUUUUAUGGUUCACCCCAUUGGAUGCUAUUCAUUUUGUUCAUGAUCCAAGUCGUUCUUGUUCUCAACAGUAUUUCAAUCUAAAUAUUUGUCAAAACGCUAGACAUCUUGCAAAAUCCAUUGACAAUGUCCGGGAAAACGCUUUACAAGUCGUAGACACAGCGCAUAUUUUUGUAACGCUUUUAUGUCGCAAUGGCGCACGUUACGAAUGUUUAGAAUGGAUUUCUAGUAUAGCAAAAGGCAAUCAAAAACGUGUACAACAAGGGAUAUCUUCACAACUUGAAUUUUUUUCCACCAUGUCUGUUUCUAUGGAGGCUUUCGCUUUGCAAUACCACGGUUUCACUGGCUCGGGCUUCAAUUUCAAUUUAUUCUGGAUGUGUCUUAAGCUUUUAGAACCUAUUAAAUUACAUAAAACAUCAAGUAUUGAAAUAGAAUAUCUAUUGUCCGAAGAAGCUCAGACAUUGUUACAACCUUAUUUAUCUGAGAGUCGUUUGUGCUUUUUAGAAGAGUUGCACGAAUUGGAAGUUGGAUUCAGGGCAUCACCCGAGAAUAAAAAAACACCCAAAUUUUCAACUCAAAUUUUUUUUGUUUCUUUUCUUUGCUUACGUUAUCUUUUUCGACCUUUACUUAAUGAAUUUAGUCAUUUAAGAGAGUUAUUACAUUCCCGACAAUCUGAAAUGGCGUCUUCUAAACAUUCCACACCUAGGCAAAAAUCGUACCAUGAAUUAUUGGGGGAGUACAUGUGCUUUCAGUCCCUUAUAGCCCAUCCUAUGUUCUUGAAAUCUUGGUGGUAUUUCGUUGAUUUAACAGUGACAUGGCUUUUUAAACAAUUAGAUAUUACGUCGUUUACUAUGCCAAAUAAUACCAAGAAUUUCCGAAGAAAAAGAAAAUUUAAACCAAGCUUCCACGUCGUCACAUUCAAAAAUCUUGCCGUAUUGUAUUUUGGAAGAUAUUGCUGAGUCCGUACGGUUUUUUCUGUCUUUGCCCUCCACUCCG